AUGUCAAUGCGUUCGAAUCUCCGUUCGUCGUCGCACGCAAUCUCGAACGAUUCCAGGCCGUCAACGCCAGUUCCACCCAUGGCCAGCGCGGCUUCCUCUUUCGCAGAAUCUACAAGACCACGAAAGCAACGCCGGACUGGCACGACGUCGCGGGUGCCAACCGAUCCACUCCAGGACACGCCGGUCUCAAAUCACUCGCAUUCGGAUCAGCCCGAAGAGACCUCAACAAAUGGUGUCAACGGUGCACAGCUGCUUGGGCAAGAUACGGAAUGGACUGAGCCGGAAUUGAGGGUUCCUGUCCCAAGUUACAAUGACACUCCAUGGUCAGCUGUAUCAAGUGAAGCAAAUCCUGUCCUGUCAACUAUGCGCCCACUCGGUGUAAGGCCAACUGGGGCAGACAUGCGCAAAGUUGGGUUGGUGCCAUCAAAGUCGAGUACUCCCAUCAUCCCUGCCAAAAAGGAUCUGCAGCAUGCGCCAAAUGGGGACAAACGUGAUGACAAGGUACAAACUCCCUUGACUCCUGCCGAGGAACAACCACCCGAAGUGAUUCCCCCGAAGCCUACCGUUGAAGAGGAUCUUACGUCAUUUACCAUAUUACCCAUUCCCGUAUCUGAAUCUGCCGAUGUCGAAAAGCUCAAAGGUGCGAUGGAAAAUGCCAUGCGCUUAGCCUUGGAAGAUGAAAAUUUGCCGGUUAUGAGAGGAUUGCGUCGUUUUUGGGACAGAUGUGCCGAUGACAAGGGCGCAUUAGAGAUCCUGGAUGGAGUCUGCCAGGACACCCCCGCGCCCCCUGAGAAAUCUGUCUUUCAGAAGAUGAUGCGAGAUGCCUGGAAGGAAGCGCAGUCAGAGCAGAUUGUACUCAGUGAACCGACUACGAUAGCUGUCGUGAGAAGGGCGCGCUCAGCAAGUAGCGAUUCUUCUUUGUCUACCGCUAAAUCUCUCGACGCUGAAACAUUCGCGCCUGUGGCACCAAUUGCCCGGUCAAAGAAAGGAAAGCAGAACAAGAAUGCGGCGCAAAAGAAGAACAAAGUGGAGCGUCGCUCCGCGUUUCCUUCUGGUGGCCUUCAGCGAAAGUUGGCGUCGGGAGCCUCUGAGCUUUCAACCGAAGCUGUUCAGGCAAAGAGGACCCGACUGCAAAGAACUCUCCCAAAAAUAGUGCCUUCUGAGAGUGGACUGCGUUCUUCUUUGAUCUCUAAUUCUCCCUCGAGUCUAUCUUCGCCCGGUCCUACUCGGACGAAUGCAGUUGCUCCUUCCGUGGAAACGGGAAGGGAACACAGGGGGCGUUCAGAGAGCGUGGCAAGCAGCGAUGCCGGUGAUAAUAGACGUCUUACCCCCUCCCCAUCUGAUGACGAACGGCUCGAAAAUAACGACUUUUGCCGGAAUUGUCACCGCAGCGGGCAGCUUUUGUGCUGCGAUGGCUGCGUGAAUUCGUUCCACUUCUCCUGCCUGAAGCCACCCUUGGAUCCCGCGAACCCGCCAGAAGGCGAUUGGUACUGCCCCAAGUGCUCCGUUUCAAGAUCUCUGAACACGUUAAUGGGGGGCCUGGAUAAGGCAUCAGGCAAAGAUUUUACCUUGCCUUCUCGCAUACGAGAAUUCUUUGCGGGUGUUAAGACUGGUGAUGAUGGGAAAUUCGAAGAGGUCGCGCCAUUACCACGCAUAAAUCCUCGUGCCGCACGAGGUAGUCGAUAUGGUCGGUAUGACGACCCGUUCUUGUUAAGAACCGUCGAUGCAAAGGGGAAUCCCAUCUUCUGCACCAAGUGUGGACGCACCACCAACGGCCGUCGGCCUAUCAUCCAAUGCGACUAUUGCCCUUGCGCUUUUCAUAUGGAUUGCGUUGAUCCUCCUUUGGCUGUGCCGCCAACUCAGCGGCCUGGUAGCGACCGCCUUCACCACAACUGGAUGUGUCCAAACCAUGUCUUGCACGAUCUGUACCACGUCUUCAGGGACGACGAAGGUCACGAGAUCAUGAAACGAAUUAGACGCCCUAAGAAUCCUCGCUAUGUCGAUAUUGAGGUUCUCCCAGACGAGGAUGAAGAAGAAAACCUCGAGGAUCAAGAAACAGAAGGCGUCACAUAUCGUGUCUCGGAGAAGGGUGUCAAGCUUGACUUUAUUGAGAGAGUUAAAAGGGAGAACGAAAAUGCUGCGACGAAGAAAGCAGCGGCCGAUAGGUAUUUCGACUAUGCGAAGGCCAAGUUCGAUGAACUUACGUCUGAGGCGCGCGCGUUUUACGCAUCCCAAAAGCCAGAUAUUCCGGAACUAGAUGCCACGUCCACGAUCUUGAGCUCACGAUCAGUUGCUGAGCGCGAAGCUGCUGCAAACUUGAUUUCAUUUGCUCAAAGUAACACAGUGAACUGGCAAGAUGACGACGGCGGCAUCAGCCUUUUGAUUGAUCAGCUCAAAGCAAACGCACCCAACGACCUCCCGCUUCCUGAAGACGAGAUUACUUCACUACGCAAUCUCCAAAAGCUCAUUGAUCAACGCAUCAACGUGCUCAACCUACAGUCCAGAGGCAUCCAAUCCUCGGCUGCCGAAGCCGAAGCCGGAAAGGGUGAACAGCGGGCUAAGUCGGCCUUUUAA